AUGUGCUAUGGUGCUUCCCAAGUUGUCUUUAAGCAAGCGGUCGUGCUUACUUCACUGAUGGUCCGCGUUGCUGAGCCGGGGGGGUAUGUGUUGGUGCGGGGUGUGAUGGUAUCGUUGUCAAUAAAGGAAGAGUUGAGGUGGUGGUGUGUGCUCACUCAAGUGGGUGACCAUAACGUCAUCGAAGUGGCUCGGAGGUUCUCCUCGGUUAGGGCCAGAUGGGGUAAGGUCAGCCUCCCGAUCGACGGUCUUGACAUCACUAGGGUCACCUUCCACUCCAACAGGCUCAUCGAGAUCCUCUCAAUGGAAGCAAUCACAGAGGGCCCUACAACACAGCAGGAUGGUAAGGCUGCAGUGUUGGUGCUCACUCGUCCAACAAGAGGGUGGGUCGAGGCUGUGGUUGGUCCUAAGGCACCCUAUGUUGAUAUGACUACUGUCAUGAGGGAAGGCUUCACUUGGAAUAGUGAGAGAGAACCGCACACUUCACUGCCGCCGCCGGACCCGAUGUUCACUAUGGCUAAGCUCAGAAGGGUAUUGACUCACUUGAGUGCUCAUCAGUGCUGCUUUUGCGGCGACGAUGAUGUAUUGCGCACAGCGAAGAAUUUGGUGUAUCGUAUGGAGCAAGUGGUGGGCACACGCUGGGGUCGGCUUGUUGCUGGCAGUAUUGACGCUAUUGUGGAAUAUUCUGUGGCUUCUGCUACUAUGCAUUAUGACGUUAACUUCUUGAGCGCUAUGGCUAUGUCAUCAGCUAUCGAGUGUGAGAAGAAGGACUGUCCUGUUGCCGAUCCUACCGGUGAGUCGGUGAAGGCGUCACUGUUGAGGCGACUGGAAUGGAUAGAAAAGGCCUAUGAUAAGGCGAGAGAAACCUCACGAGCUGAGAGGGGGCGUAGUUACACCAUCACUGCUGGUGCUGAAUUAACCAAGCAGCCCUAUACUCACCAUCAACAACAACAGCGAGCGUCGUCAAGGUCGGCUCUUACGGCAACCGAGUUGUUGGACUUCCUAGAGGACUUGGCGGUAGAUGGUGGUCAAGUUGUGGCACCACCGGGAGGCGUGGCGGGUUGGAAACGACAAAGGAAGCGACGCAAUAAGAAAGAAUUAGAAUUGGUUGCUGCAAUGGACGGCGCGGUGAUUGACAAUAAUGCUGAUGCGUCUGUUGAGCAUCUGAAGUCUGUGGCUAAGAGCGUGUUCGACUUUGAUAAUCUCAAGGAGGAACAGAUAGAUGUGAUGCAAGCCUUGUUGAGAGACACAAAGAUGUCUUUUAUGCAUCCCCACGGGACGAGGAAGGGCGGUACGAUUUCAGUGCUGGACGCUCUCAUGCGUGCUGAAGAAAGGUCCACGGAGACGAGGACGACCAAGACCGGCCAUAAGCGGAGCCUUCGGGAACGCUUCAAAUGA